AUGUCUACUGACAAGAAACACAACAGACUUCUACGGGAGGUUGAGAACACAGACAGCUGGAAGGGCAUGUCGCAACGAAACAGAGAGCCGAGGCCACGGGCCCCUCGCAAUAGUAGCGCCCAGGGCGAGGAAGUUGGGCUCUGGCAAAAGAUCCAGGAGGAUCUUGCCACCAUCAUCGAAGAGGUGAACCAGAGCAACGACAACGUCCGCCAGAUCGCCGGCCAGGAGAGCUACAUAGCCAGCAACCAGGACUCCAAGGACCCCACCGACAUCAAGUCCGUAGACCAGGGGCUACACAGCCUGGACAAGCUCUACCGGGACGGUGUCAAGAUCAAUGAUGCCACCGGCAAAAAGAUAGCCGAUCUGCUGGGCUUCAUUGAGAUAUUGAAAGGCAUCCAGGAGGCUAAGGAGAAGGCUGCCGCCCCAGCACUCGGAUCAUCGUCCCGUUCUGCCAGCCUACUCUCCGGCACCGGUCGCAGUUCCAGCCGGGCCGGCAAGCCUGAUAAGGCAGAUCGAGAGCGCGAGAGGGAAAGGGAGCGCGAAAGGGAGCGUGAGAGAGAACGAGAGAGGGAACGCGACCAACGGGAAAAGGACCGCGAACGGGAGCGCGAACGCGAGCGUGACAAAGAGAAAGAACGCAACCGGGACCGGGACCGUGAGCGCGACCGCGACCGCGAGCGUGAACGUGAACGCGAACGUGACGCUGAAAGAGAUGCUGAAAGGGACAGGGACAGGGACAGGGACAGGGACAGAGACAGGGACAGAGACAAGUCCGACCUCUACGACUUUGAUGGCUCUGCUGACAGCCCACAUCCCAGCCCCAUCGGCGGCCACGCGCGGAAGCUUGGCGGGCGCAGCGGAGGAGCUUCCAGCGACCGGUCGGGCAAUCGUGACAGCGUCCCGCCGCGUCCAGGCGACCGCGACACGCCCAAGGCCGACAGCGCGGAGCCGCAAUCCAGCAGCUUCUCGUCGGGGGCGCCCACGGUGGGGAGCUCGAUCCGGGCCAAGGUAAUGUUCUCGCGGGACCAGGACGUGGCGUUCAAGCCAAAGCCUCCGACGCCCAACGACACGACGGAGUGGUACCUCGGCAAGGUGAAGCAGGUGGUUGGCGAGGGCAAGGGCCGGCGUUACAUUGUCAAGGACGAGGACCCGGACGUGCCGUCACCGGCCAGGAAAGAGUAUAAGAUGAGCGCGUCGGGGAUGAUCCCGAUCCCGCCGCCCAGCACGGAGCUGCCGAAGCUGGACAAGGGCAAGACGGUGCUGGCGCUGUACCCGGAUAGCACCACCUUCUACAAGGCUGAGGUGACGGGGAUGGACGCCAGCACGGGGAAUGUCAACCUACGGUUCGAAGGGGAGGAGCAGUCGGGCACGCAGCAGGUGGUGGAGCGCCGGUUUGUGGUGGACUAUCGGGACUAA